AUGUGCUUUUUCUUCUUUACAAUAUUCCCGCCACCUUGUCAGCACCACCUUCAAAGCUCAAAAUCAAUCCCCCUCCUCUCUUCUCCCUUAUUAAAACACAAAACUAGAACCAAGUUCCGAUCUUUAUCGAUUGUUCCUAAAGUAUCGUCUCAUCUUAUUGACCCAAUCGUUCUCCAAAUCGCUGAAACCCUAGAAGAUUCACAUUCAUCAUCUCUUUCAAAACAAUCCCCAAAUAUUCAAAAACUUAGAGAUUCGUCUGCUGAAUCUUCCCUUUCUUGUUCUUGGCCUACACGAAUAGAUGAAUCUUAUAAAACUAUUGAUAUUUCUUCCAUCAAGAACUCCCAGAUUUCUUCAAUUUCACACAACCCAACAAAUCGCAUUGGUUUUGAAUUAGAUGGGGGUGAUGAAGAUGAUGAUGAUACUGAAACCCUAAAUAUUGUUAUAGUUGAUGGUCACAUUAUCAAUUCCAAGUCUAACCUUGAUGAAUUACCUAAUAAUGUGUAUGUUGGGGGUAUUCUGGGAAUAAUUUCAGAUAAAAUUAGUGAAAAAGUUAUGGAAUUCGUGUCAAAUUCUGAAAACAGGGAUUUGUUUUGGUCUUUGAACGGAAUUGGAGCACCUGACGUUACAAUUGUGUAUGUUCCGGCAGAUUUGUUGGUAGAGAAAGGAGGUGAAGUUGGCAUUGUGGAGGAGUAUUUCAUGUAUUUGGGUGGUGUUGGUGAUGAAAAGGAUGAGCGUUAUUGGGUUAAUUCAGUUAUGGAGGUGCAUAUUGGUGAAGGUGGCAGGGUUGUGCACACUUAUCUGCAGCAAGAUGCACCUAGUGCUGCACAUUUAAAGUGGACUGCAGUUCGUCAGGAAUCGUCUAGUACAUAUAAUCUUGUAGAAGUAAGUUCUGGUGGGAAAUUGAGUAGGCAUAAUCUUCAUAUUCAACAGCUAGGCCCCGACGCAUUUACAGAAGCGAGCUCCUUUCACGUAUGUGUACGUCAUCAAACACAAGAUCUUCGUAGCAAUAUAAUUCUGGACCAUUCGAGAGGGUUUGUUCGACAACGUCAUAAAGGCAUUGCAGCUCAUUCAAGAAGUCGAGCUGUGUGUGAUGGCAACAUUUUUAUCAACAGGCCUACGCCACAGACAGACUAUGUGUUGGAGAAAAUAAGUUUUAUUGUUUCGGUUCUGUAG